AUGUGUGCCGACUUAGCUCUGUCCACCUCUGGUUCAAAACAGGAACUAGUCGACCGCAUUCUCUGCCACGAUGCUGAGAAACCUCUUGUCACUGUACAACCAGACGAGGAGGCUGAGCUUCUCGAUAAUGACAGCGACGUUGAUGAGGCACCAACUGGUUUGGCCGCUGGCUCCCUAGACGAGGACAUUGCCGCGGAAGACGAAGAUGAAGUGGGCGUUACUCUCUGUGCGAAGCCGCAACAGGGUGGAAAACGUGCGGCCAUGCCUGAUUCCAUUAAGGGAUCCAGUCCAGCCAAGGUGGCGGCCGUUGACGAGGACCAAAACAAUAAGCCGUCCACAGACCCACCUGUGCCUGUCGUUGCUCCCAAGGCAACUCAAGACGAGGUGGCGACACAUAGAAAACGACCUUCUGGAGGUUCGUCCAAUCCAAACGGCCGGGUAUUGGAUGAAGAAAAGAAGCUGGAGAGGGCUCGACGAUUUGGCCUUCCAGUUAAUCCCAACCCCAAAUCUCACGCUGAACGACUUCAGGCGCGAGCAGCCAGAUUCGGCGAGUCUGCCGUAACUAAUUCCGCAAACGGAACCAAGUCUUCGUCCGUAGAGGAGAUGGAGGAGCGCAAACGCCGACGGCUUGAAAAGUUCGGCCCAGUUUCUGCUGCGACAGACGACGAGAGCGAAAAGAAGGCACAAAGAGCAGCCCGCUUCGGUCUCCCCACUAAGCCCACUUCAGGUGCCAUUUCGACGGAUCCUGAAGUACUGCGCAAACGUGCCGAGAGAUUCGGAUUGAAUACGUUGAAUUAG